AAAUCUUGUAAACACACUCUCAUAUCCUAAUACAAAACCAAACUAUCAUACAAAAAAAACCCGACCAUUUUCCCUCCAUUUCCGUAUUUGUCCAACAACCCAUUAUCAUAUGGCCACUGAAAAUCAAGAAAAGGACUUGCUCACUGUCACCAGGAGAGUUGCAGCCCUCACUAACCACCUCCUUCCUUCAUCGCAUUCGAUUUCCCCGGCUAUAAGUUCGUCUAGUUGCAGUAGUUCUUCGAUAAAUGAUAGCUAUCACCGGAUUCACGGAGAAGUCCCAGAUCAUAGUCCUGUUUGGAAAGUAGCCUGUGAUGAGUCUGAGAAAGAGUUCACUGACAUUAUUUAUGAGAAAGCUGAAGGUGAAGCCAUUGCUAAGAUAACAAUAAAUAGGCCCGAGAGAAGAAAUGCAUUCAGACCACACACAAUCAAGGAACUAAUUCGUGCUUUCAAUGACGCCAGAGAUGACAGUACGAUAGGUGUCAUCAUUCUCACAGGAAAGGGAACCAAAGCUUUCUGUAGUGGUGGUGAUCAGGCACUUAGAGCUGGAGAUGGUUAUGCUGAUUUUGAAAAUUUUGGCCGGCUUAAUGUUCUUGAUUUACAAGUGCAGAUUCGGCGGCUUCCAAAGCCAGUAAUAGCGAUGGUUGCAGGAUAUGCCGUUGGUGGAGGGCAUGUGCUGCAUAUGGUCUGUGAUCUAACCAUAGCAGCAGAUAACGCUAUUUUUGGUCAAACGGGCCCUAAGGUGGGAAGCUUUGACGCUGGUUAUGGGAGUUCGAUAAUGUCACGAUUGGUAGGACCCAAAAAAGCUCGCGAGAUGUGGUUCUUGGCACGUUUUUACACUGCUCAAGAAGCAGAAAAGAUGGGACUAAUCAACACAGUUGUCCCUCUAGAAAACCUAGAACAGGAAACAGUUAAAUGGUGCAGGGAGAUCAUAAGAAACAGCCCAACUGCCAUUCGGGUAUUAAAAGCAUCCAUAAAUGCAGUCGACGAUGGGCAUGCUGGACACCAGGAAGUAGGAGGAAAUGCAACUCUCAUUUUCUAUGGCACUGAAGAAGGUAACGAAGGCAAAACAGCCUACAUGGAACGUCGACCACCAAACUUUUCAAAGUUCCCUCGACGACCUUAACUUCAUUGAAUCUUCUUAGACUAAAAGUUCUUGUGGUAGCUUCAUUGUUGUAUCGUGCGGUUAUAAAGUGCCAGGAAUUGGGUACUGAAAUAAGGCAUAGAGCAAAUGUAUCCUUCUCUUACUUUAUAUUUUUUGAUCAUUCUAAGCCAUGUAUCAUUCCUUAUUGUCAUACUCAUAAUCAUUCAAACCAUUUUUCUGAGGUUAGCCAUACUUUUUUGGGCAUCUAA